CACUCAGUCGUCACGUGAUAUCGAAGGCGGAACCAAGCACCGGACUGGCCAAUAGGAACCGGGAGCGGGGUCCCGGGACUAGAAGAAACGGCGGCCGGGAGGGGGCUACGGGAUCAUGGGGCUUCUGACCAUUCUGAAGAAGAUGAAGCAGAAAGAGCGAGAGCUGCGGCUGCUCAUGCUUGGCUUGGACAAUGCUGGCAAAACAACCAUCCUCAAGAAGUUCAACGGGGAAGAUGUGGACACCAUCUCCCCAACACUGGGCUUCAACAUCAAGACCCUAGAGCACCGGGGAUUCAAACUGAACAUCUGGGAUGUGGGUGGCCAGAAGUCUCUGCGCUCCUACUGGCGGAACUACUUUGAGAGCACAGACGGCCUCAUCUGGGUGGUGGACAGCGCCGACCGCCAGCGCAUGCAGGACUGUCAGCGGGAGCUGCAGAGCCUGCUGGUGGAGGAGCGCCUGGCUGGAGCAACCCUCCUCAUCUUUGCAAACAAGCAGGACCUGCCUGGAGCACUGUCCUCUAAUGCUAUUCAGGAGGCCCUGGACCUGGCCUCCAUCCGCAGCCACCACUGGCGCAUCCAGGGCUGCAGUGCCGUCACCGGGGAGGACCUGCUGCCUGGCAUCGACUGGCUCCUCGAUGACAUUUCCAGUCGUGUCUUUACUGCCGACUGAGCUUCUUCAGUGUCCCCAGCUCACUGUCCAGGCCCCUCCCCUCAUCAGACACCAGCUUUGGGGGACAGGCACCAGCCGGCCAGACUAACACUCCCAACCCCGCUGUGAUCUGCUGCUGCUACUGCUACCCACUGCUGCUCCCCCUCUAGGCCAGAGCUGUCACUCUGGCUCCCAAAGUGGCCUCCAGCUGCCAUGCCAAAAGGAAAGGCUGAACUGGGAGGGACUACCUGCUGCUACCAAGGUCCUAGGUGUCGCCUCUGUCCAGCAGUGAGAAUAAAACAUUCCUUUCCCAGUU